AUGGCAAAUCUUGGUUACCUAUCCGAGUUUUAUGGGAGAGAAGGGACCGUUGAGAUAACACAAUCCAACUGGUACAUCGUUGCCGCUGUAUCCCUGGCAGCCUCUGGUGCCGGGCAUAAUGUUCCAGACCUGUACCGUAUGGCAACAACAGGUUUAUUGCUAGAAGAUGAGAAGAUUGUCCAACGCCGAAUCAAAGAGGCAAUCUUGAAAACAAGCGUGCUUUACGGAUUUCCAAAGGCCUUGCAGGCCUUAUUGCCGCUAUUUAAGGUUAUUGAUGACGAUGCCAUUGACCACUAUGGACCGAGAACAGAAGCUCUUCAAUCGCAAUGCCAGGAUCGGGAGCGAGAAGAGCGGGGCCGUGAAUAUUUUGAUAUAACAUGGACUCCUGACGCUGCGGCUGCGAAUCGAGCAACUCUGCAGAAGUAUCAUCCAGAUCUCUAUUUACUAGCCCUUAAAUUCGGCUAUGAAUACUGGUUUAGCGAGGAUGCUAUUUUAUCUAAUGUGCAAACCCAGAUGUGCAAUGCAGCUGCCUUAAUUUGUUCCAAGUCACCUGUUCAGGCUAUGUGGCAUACUAGGGCCAUCAUUCGACACGGCGGAAACUUGGAUCAGGCCCGGAUGGCACAAGACAUAGCUUUGAGGAUUGCUUACCACUACAAUUGCGAUACUGGGGAUAUCAUUAAAGUUGAUGAUAUUGACUUUGAGGAUACGCGUCCUCAUUGA